CUCUAGGGAGCACACUACAUGUUUACAGAUUCUAUGUGUCCUGCAUUCACUGCUAGGAAAUUAACAAUUGGUGCUGUUCAGGUCCCUAGAGCCUGUAUACCAUAGCACCAUUGCACCAUGGCUGCAGUAAACACAGUGUGUCUCACUUUAAUCUGGUUUGCAGUAUUAUAGCAAUCACAUACUUUCUUAUUGUGUUUUUUAAAUUUACACUUAUUUUCUACUUCUCAGCCCUCAUCGAAGGAAAUGUCAAUGGAAAGCCAGGAUCUAGUUACCGUAACUUCAGGUAAAGAACAGAUGGCAGUUGGCGAUGGCCCUGGCCAUGACUUGCAGGUGCUCCUCUUGAAGAGUCCUCGUCCGGAGAUGCCAGAGGGAAAGCGCUCCAAUAAGGAGAAUGACCAAACAUGCUCUGAAAAACAUAGAGCAAUUGAUGCCCCACCUCCACAAACCAACCCAUGGAACAGAAAGCAUGGUCGGGCCCCUACCAAUGUCCAAAAUUCUGGCAUUCAUGAACAGAAGGGUUUGCCUUCAUCAAGAAUUAAAAGGCCAGGAAAACAAGCACCAAAAAAGCAGAGUGACAUCAAUGACAUCACAAACUGGCCGACGCCAAUGGAGACCACAAACCAUGAGUGCCGUCUUCCCCUUAGUCCUUCAACCUGUAAAGCACAGGAUGCAAAGUCUCCGAGUAACAAGGAACCUUGGAAAAAUGUUGAAAGCAAGAGCUGUGAACGGGAGGACAUCUGUGAGAAUUUUAAUUUAAGCCAUGAUUCCGCUGUCCUAAGGAAAAAAGCUAGCAAGAAAAAAUGGGUUCCACUUCCACUGGAGUGCAGCAAAGCCAAUGAACCUGACAAGCCAGGAUUUCACAUGCCAACUUUACAAUCCCCAAACUCUGCUACUUCACAAUACAAUAAACUAGAGGAUUACACCCACAGUACAGGAUGGCACCAUGAAAAGAGAGAUGAUUUGGAUGAAGUCUCCAGUACACGAAGUGAAGGAAGUGGUGUCAGAGGAUUCUCAAGGUUCAGAGGUCGAGGGAGAGGAAGAGGCCGUGGAAGAGGAAGGCCAUACUUUCGCUCUGGAUAUUCGUAUGGUGCAGAGGGUUACCAUGAACAUAAUGCUUCUUACCAGUUUGGGCUUGAAAGUUCCAACAACAUGAUGUAUUAUUAUGAUGAUGGGAAAAGGGUUCAUGUGUAUUCAGUCGAUGAAACCCUACUUAAGGAAUACCUUAAACGCCAGAUCGAGUAUUACUUCAGCUUGGAGAAUCUGGAAAAAGACUUCUUCCUCAGGAGAAAAAUGGAUCCGCAGGGCUUUUUGCCCAUUUGCCUUAUUGCCAGCUUUCGAAGAGUGCAAUCACUGACCAUGGAUGUUAAUAUGAUUUGUGAAGCUUUAAAAGAUAGUACAGAAGUGGAAAUAGUAGAUCAAAUGAUAAGGAAAAGGGUGGAUCCAGAAAAAUGGCCUAUUCCUGGUACUCCAAGACUCGACUCUACACACACAGACUUUUCUAGACUUCUCAACUGUCCAGAGUUCAUUCCUGGAAAGGCUCUCAAGUUUCAGACAGAAACCAAACAGGAUUCCCAGCGGAAUGGAACUGCUGUAGCUCCGGUUGGAGCAAAAGAGCCAAGCAACUUACGAACUAUGUCUAAAGGCCUAUCUGCAAGUUUACCAGAGCUGGAUUCUGAGCCAUGGAUAGAGGUUAAAAGAAGACAUCGUGGAAGUUCUGUCAAACCAAAAAAUGUGAUAAAAUCCCCUUCAGUAACCCCAAAACCCACAGAAGCUCAAGAACCAGAGCCAGAAGAACUGGAUUUCAUGUUUGAUGAAGAGAUGGAGCACAUGCAAGGUCGCAAAAACACCUUCACUGACUGGUCUGAUGACUCUGAUUAUGAAAUUGAUGAUAAAGACCUUGACAAAAUCAUAAUCGUUACACAAACACCUCCUCACCUGAAAAAGCAUCCUAGCGGAGACCGUACAGGCAAUCAUGUUUCUCGUGCAAAAAUUACAUCUGAGCUUGCAAAGGUUAUUAAUGACGGUCUGUAUUAUUACGAACAGGACCUGUGGAUGACUGAAGGUGGUCAGGAUUAUCUAACUUCAAAGGAAAUAGAAAACUUUAGAAAACUGAACGUGAUCAGCAAAGAGGAAUUUCAGCAUCUUUCCCCAAGCCCCCAGUUUGAGCAGAAUCUUGAGCAAUCUCCACCCAACAUACCUAACUUCCAGCAAGAUGUUCCAGAGGUGUCAAGAGACUGUCAAGCAAGGACCCCAAAAACUCCUCGUACACCACGCCUUCAGGAUCCCAACAAAACACCUAGAUUUUACCCUGUAGUAAAAGAACCACAGUCUAUUGAUGUACAGACUCCAAGAAAAAGGAAAACGCGACACAGUUCUAAUCCACCUUUGGAGUAUCAUGUUGGUUGGGUGAUGGACUCAAAGGAGCACAGAACUAGAACCUCUUCUGUAAGCUCAAAUGCAUCGCCUUCAGAAGGUACUCCACUUGUAGAAAGCUAUGGCUGUACCCCUCAUUCUUUGCCAAAGUUUCAACAUCCAUCUCACGAACUUCUAAAGGAAAAUGGCUUCACACAACAAGUAUACCAUAAAUAUAGAAGGAGAUGCUUAAAUGAAAGAAAACGUUUAGGAAUUGGUCAGUCCCCAGAGAUGAACACCCUCUUUCGUUUCUGGUCCUUCUUUCUCAGAGAUCACUUUAACAAAAAAAUGUAUGAGGAGUUUAGACAGCUUGCUGUGGAUGAAGCCAAAGAAAACUACAGGUAUGGUUUAGAAUGUCUCUUUAGAUUUUACAGCUAUGGGUUGGAAAAGAAAUUCAGGCAAGGGAUAUUUGAGGACUUUCAGGAAGAAACUCUGAAAGACUAUGAAAAUGGACAGCUUUAUGGACUGGAGAAGUUUUGGGCAUAUCUUAAAUAUUCAAAAGGGAAAAACCUUUCAGUUGAGCCUAAUCUAGAGAGUUACUUGUCCAAAUUUAAGAGGCUGGAAGAUUUCAGAGUGGAUAUAGGUCAGCAUGAAGAUGCCAAGUUAGUGAAUCCAUAUUCUGGCAUUUAUCUACAGCCUCCCAUAGCUGAAGAAGCUGGACAACAAAGGCCUCAAACUACCUUGGCAUGUGAAGAUGCAGGUCGCCGAAGGAAUCGUUCUGGUACCUCCAAAACCUCUACUGUUCAACAGUCUAGCAGCUGUUCUCUGGGAUCUGCCAAUUCUGCUCCCAAAGUAAAAGCACAGCCGAAGAGGCAAAGAAGCAACUGCAACCAGGACAGAGGUGCCACAAAAUAGCCUUCAUAAUUGGUAGCAAGAGAAGAGGACAUUGUUUAGCCAUGCGAAGAUGGCAAUGUUGACACAGCUCCUAUGCAGCAACUUGGGAUGCUUGAUAACCAAAAAGCAAUACGUUGAUAAUACAAUGAAGCUUACAUGGGUUUCCUCAAACAAGGAUGUAUUUUAUUGAGGUUUGCGAAAGCAAUUUUUUUUUUUCUUUUCCCCUAAAGGUACAUUUGAGAAAUGGUUCAUUUUCUAUUUUCCAGAAAGGACAGCCUUAAUGUUUCAAAAGAAAUGCUCAAGAGAGGGCGUUUGAAGCCAUAACAUGUUGUAAUUUUUUUUUUUUUUUGUUUUACCUGCUUUAUU